CUUGGCGUUUGCUGCCUUCUCCGGAGAGGCCACCCCCGUCAUGUCAGAGGCAGCCUCUGCUGCAGCCUGGAUCUCCACCUGAAGUGAAUGGAGCUGAAUCAGCCAGACAGACCCCCUCAGCUCACAGCGAGACAGAGGCUGCGAUAAGGACUGGACAGCUGAUGAUGAGGCGGGUGAAUGUGCCAGAGUUGGACCUGAGGUUUACUGAAAUGGCAGAGACCUUCAACGAGCAGCAGAAACACUAUGAAGCCAUGGUUGGACACAUCAGACAGCUGAAACAGAGCUGUGACAGUACGGAUGCUGAAAGCCUGGCUUUUGCAGAAUGCAUAGGGAAGAUUAGCAAGCAGCAGGAGACCACAUACAGAGUGUCUUUGAAGAUGAAAGGCUAUGACUUCUCCCUCACCUUGGAUCCUGUGGGCCCAGAAGGAGAAGCCGAGGAGGACCCGGUGCCCUCGAGUCUGCAGUCGGCACAGAAUGAAGUCAGGGGCAUUUCUAACGGCGCUAAAGCCACCAUCUCAAAGGGCACAACCCUUCUGCAGCUGGUCGAAUGGCUGCUCCGGAGCCACAGUCGGAUGGCUGAGCAAGUGAAGGGGGCAGCAGAAACUUACCAAGAACAAGGAAGGCUGAAUAGAAACCUGGAGGAGAACAUAAAGGAAGUGAGGCGGGCUAAGGCGUUAUCGCACCAAUACAAGCAACAAGCUGGGGAGGUUUACAAGGAGGCUGCGGAGAUAGCAGGGAUUGGUGUAUAAGUUCUGCAGCUUUCAUAUAGUUCAUUUAAAACGUUGAAAAAUCACGUAUUUCUGUAUGUGUUGUUAUUCUUAUCAACAACAGCUAAAUCACAAGUUUUAGGAAUGUGCUGCCGUUUCCACCGUGCUUGCUGCAAGAUCCUAAAAUCUUUAUUUCAAACGUAUUUUUUAAACGUUCACACAGAAGAAAAAUUAACAAAAACAGUUGCCUGUGGGUAUGAAUGUGCAUAAAGUGCUGGUGCAAAGACCGACCUCGUAGAGAGACCAAAUGACUGAGCAAAAUGUUGCAUGCAUUUGCGUUUUUUCAAAGGGGCAGCAGCCACUUUGCCAAAUUUAUUAUUGUCAAACGGUUUUAAUGCAUGGCCCCUGAAAUAUUAUAGCAUGCGAAAUAUCACUUCCAAGCAGUAUUUUGCAGAUGCCACAUUGCGCACACACUGACACGGCGAUGGCAGCUGCAAAUAGGAUAUAUUGCACAGCUCUAGUAGUUACUCUACUAACUAUGAGCCUAAGGUUUAUGAAUAGUAGAUGAAAAAUUCUUUCAAAUUAAAGCUGGAAUCUAUUCAGGACAAGUGUGACCAUUACUAUACAGAGAAAAAUAAAUAUAGUUUAAAGUUAUUAAUCUUGUUAGUUUAAUAAUAGUUGGCCCCUCUUUCCCAACUUUACAGUGAAAUGAUGGACUUCAUCUGAGAAAUAGGAAACCAGGUCUCCGUAGUUUGUUAAAUACUGUUUACCUAAUAAAUAAUGUAAAGUGGAACUGGGGUCGCAAAUCCAGUUCUUAUGAGAGCUUCAUACUACGUAAGUAUUGUAUGAAGUUAGUACCACUUCACCUAUGCAAAUAUAAAGGUAGCACAUGCCCAAUUAAAGAGGAUUUCUUCAUUGCUAACAGAGUAGUGGUGAGUUUUAGACUUUACUCCAACACGGAUCAUCCUCAAGAAGCUAUAAAGACCACCAGAUCUAUUUUAUUUGAAAGGUCAUUCAGCACCAUAGCAUGCUGAUUAUUUACAGAAAUCAAUUACACUUUGUUGCAAAUUUGGUUAAGUUUGAAAAUAUAUAGGUUUUACCUUGUCUGUCAGUUGUUGGACCCACAUUAUGUUUUGAAGCUUGUUUAAAAGGCGUUUAAAUUGACGUUUUGCCUCUUUCUCAUUUUUAUCAUUUUACUUUUCACAUUUUUUUCACAUUCUUUUCACAAUGUUUUGUCUCUGUUGCCAUCUCCUGAAACUAGUUUUGCUGGAGGACAAAAAAAGAAAAGAAAAAAACGAGGUCUUAAAAACUCUGAAAUGCAGUCUUUUCAAUUUUGGGUCUUGACGUUUCUUCAUUAUUUCCAGAUUGUCCUUAUUGGUAUUUUUUUUUAUAUACGUUUUAAAAGUUAGCAUUUAUUCAUUAUUUUCUUUUGUUUUGUAAUUAAUGUUAAAUUCAUGCCACCUUCAAUUUAAAUAAUGGCAUCAAACAGUCUUAAAUUUACCUUAAAAUUAGCAGAAACCCCAGUUUAAUAUUUCAGCAUUUUUUUAAAGAUUGGAUUUUUCAGAAACGUUUCAUACAUCUUAUAUGCUAUGUUUCUGUAUUUCCCCCUCAGUUGGCAAAACUUAUUGUCAAAUAAUAAAAGUGUAUCUAUAUAAAUUUGCCAUUUUAUAUUUGGGAUCCUCCAGGGGUC